AUGUCUGAAAAUUUUCAAAGGAAGGGUACACCUUAUAUUCGCUAUGAACAAAAACGACGUAGGAGCAUCGAGCCUCCUAACGUGCGGGAAACAAUGCUUCGUCCGGGUUCACCAAAGAUCCAUAAUAAUGAUAAAGCGAUUCAAGACAACACCCAGAGUUCCAGUCGUAAAGAACUAAAUACGUCCGCCGGAUUAAAACGUAAAGCCUCAACAUCAGCACUUAUUGAAGCCAAACGUAAGAAGUCAACUGAGGACGAAGUCCUUAAAGAAGGAAGUUUAGAAGCCGAGGAUCCGAAGGAAAUAAUUAAGAAUUUGUUGUUACAAACGGAUGGUUUAAAGGCAGAGUGUAUGUGGAAGGACAGCCAGUUGGAACAACUCAAGGCUGAACUCGCCGAGAAAGUGGAAGAAAUAAAGAAACUCAGAGCAACGAACAGUCUUGCCUGCAUUAUUUGUACGGGAUAUCUGGCAAACCCUUGUACUAUUAAUUGUGGUCAUUCCUUUUGUUACUCUUGUCUACGGGAAUGGCUGGGGACGAAGAGGGAGAAUGUUCCCAAAUGUCCUUCAUGUCGGGCUGAGGUUACAGCUGACCCUGUUCUUUCAUAUGUUUUGAAAGAUCAGGUUGAAUCGUUAGUCGAGCAACUUCCGACUGAGGAAAAACAAGGUGUCCUAGAAACUCUUCAAAAAGAAGAUCAUGUAUAUAAACAAACAACUGAUCAUUGGGCGGGAAUAUUUGAUCACUCAGUUCGUCCAUUACUUGACGAAGAGGAUGGUGUUUUGAGAUGUCCAACCUGUGGAUGGGAAGUGGAGGGUCCUACCUGUGGUAAUUGUGGUCAGCGCAUUGGCAUAGAGGGUAACGACUAUGAUUCUGACUAUAACAAUGAUUCUAACGACGGAGACAAUUCGGAUGUUGAUAGUGAAUCCAAUACGUAUGAUUCCAACGAUUCGUUUAUUAAUGAUGAUGGUUCAGAUGCCGAAAAUUUGAUGAGUGGUCACAAUGACAUUACGGGUGAAGACUCGACGAUAGUCAAUCGAGUGAGUGAAUCAUAUAACACCGAAGAUGACGGAGAUUCACCGUCAUCUAACAACGAUGAUGCUGUACCUCCAUUAUCUCCGUACACGAACGGCACGAAAAUAAAUGAUGAUAGUUCAGUCGAGUCGGAUAAAGAGCCAAAUGAAUCCUAUUGCAUGUCAUUUUCGAGCGACGAUUAUGAAAAAAGGAGCCCAAAUUCCUAUUAUUCAAAUGAAAGUCGCUCAACAACUCCUUUAUCAUGCGAAGAAAAUUAUGGUGACCAUCCUUCUUGUGAGUCAGAUGAUGAACCUUUUCGUGUACGUUCUCGCGCAAAAAAAGGAUGA